AUGUCGCAGAAAUCCGUCGAUAUCUUGCGUGUACGGGACCUUCCCAACACCACGUUCACCAGGAAACGAAUUAUGGGGCUCGUGGUGGGCAUCACGACCCGCGAUAAGCCGACCAAGCCAAUUGUGGUGCACAUGACGGACUUCUCUCGAAAUCCAUUUGUCGCCCAAUCUGAGAUGAACUAUGCCUGCUGCGACCCGCCCUUGUUCGACGAUCCUGAACACGCCGACAGUAUCAUUGACGUGGCAUUUUAUCCCGAGUCAGUUACCUAUUUAAAGCGCAUUUUCGGCGACACGGUGAACGCCAAAUGGUUCGGUAACAGGAUCGCGUCGUUUUAUCCGCUCUAUCAACACGCGACCGUGAUCUCGUUGCGGCUGAGAUCGAAGAUGUGGACCGACCGCAUUGACCUGAUAGCGGAUCCCGGUUUUUCUGACAACUACUACAGCCAGAUCUGGCCGGUGAGCGUUCUCGAGGCCGGAAACAAUCCGGCAGCAGAGACGAUAUACGACCCAAAAGAAAAUAACCAUGCCUUGGCACAAGAGAUCUUCCGCGACUGGAAGACACAAUGCAGUGCGUAUUUCGAGUCCAACCCUAAGAUCAAACAGGUGGUUAGCGACCUCGGCAAGUCAGCUACUGGUAUCACAUGUUCACCGCCACAGGCACAGCACCGCCACACGUCACCUGAGCAGUACUCAGAUACAGGUUUUCUCAGCGACAUGGAAAGCUCUGACGACGAUGCACCCCCCAAGAAAUUGGGCAAAAAGGUGUACACCGUCAAGCAGAGCGGCCGUGUCAGGGACAGGCCAAACGUGACUUUCCCCGUCUCCCAAAUACCCCUGGCCGACUACACGGGAGCAUAUUUCAUCUAUGUGCACAUAAUGCGGCUGGAGACACGCACGGCCGAUCUCAUCUACAAAAGCUUCCCCGACAACACAAUAAUGACAAAAGCAAUCGACGUGCUGGUGCAGGAGGUGGGCUCGACCGCAACGUUGCGAAUCAGAGUGGAAGGGUACGAUCUUUUCCGGUUCGCAGGCAUCACAUUUACAUACCCGCUACUAGACAUGACAGCGGCGGAAGCCGAAACCGCAAAAAAAUUGGCAGCCCUGGUGCGCAGGCCGGUGCGCAUGUUGGUGAAACCCUACUCGCUGCCCCUGGAGGCAGCAACGGUGAACUCUGGGCGAUGUUACAGAUGGCUGUAUACAGAAUAUCCGUAA